UUUGCUCGAGUAUGCCAGAGUUGGGUUCUGUUAGUUGUAAUUACAAAGCUCUAACUGAUGGACUAUCAUAACUACAGCUAGCUGUAUUUUAAUACCUACAUUAAUUAGAUUUCUUUGGCUAUACCAGAAAGUUCCAUUGAGAAAGUAUGACAUGGCAAAUUAUUUUGUUAAUGACUUUUGUUUAAACAAUAUUUACUAACUUUUACUGCCGUGGGGCCUCAAUACUAAGUGGCAUCUUAGAUUCAAAGAAAGGAAUUGAAAUUUCUCAAUGGUUUAAUAAAACUUUUGGCACAGGGUUGGAGGAUUGGUAAUGCAACACACACAUAUAUAUGUAUAUAUAUUUUACCAACAGACAGUAAUAUCUGUUUAUCCAUAUGGUUACACAUCACUUUACUCUUUAGUAUCACCAAGUAUGUGUAGUAGAUACUGUCUGGUCUCUGGCCUGAUCCCCAUGAUCACUUUUACCAGUUCUGUGCACCCAUCUUACAGCUUCGGUGUGCUUUUGCAUCUCUGUGACUUUUUCAAGGACUGCUUUUGAGUGACUGGCAUCACUUUGUGUGUAGGCCCAGAGAGCUCAAAGUGCCUGGCAGUUUACAUCCCUUGGGGAGAUUCUUAGCUGUUGACUGACUGAUAUUGGGCUAAGAAAGACCAGUUGCCUUGCUUUGAGGCAGCUCAAACUCAGAGACAUGAUUUAUACUACAGAGCUCCCCUGCUAGAUCAAGCUAAAGCCGGGAUUUUGUCCAAAAUCAUACCCUUGCUUGGCUGCUGCUGCUUCUCUCUCCUGCUCUCCCACUCCUAGUUUUUCCUGGGACCACCUCCUUGAUAAAUCAUUUGUACUUAAUCCUUCUCUCACAGUCUGCUUCUGGGGAACCCUACCUAAGAUAGUAUGAAUCUAAGCCUUCUUCAUAUUCAUAGUCUUUGGAAACACUUUUACAAAUCAUAGUAUUGCAUUUCUAUUUCUAACUCAUGCUUGAAAUAGUGACUUUUGGUACUUUGAGAUGGCCAAAACAUAUAUUAAAAAUACUUGGGUGUCAGCUGCUUUUCUCAUUGGUUUAACUCAUGGCCCUAUUUUUACCUUACUUGAAUUAGGCAUGUGUUACUGGAUAUUAAAUAGCAGAAGUUAAUCAGUGCAAUUACAGCAGUAGAUUGCCCUUCACGUGAAUCAUUCUUACUGAUACAUUCAGAAAGAUUGGUCAGUAUUUACUGUAUUUAAAUGCAUUAUCUGGGAUGUGAUACAAUAACUAUUCAUUUCAUUAUUGCAUCCUAGGAAGUUUUCUAUUCUGGAAUGGUUUAAAUAAUAUAGAAAUUAUAUUUUCCAUAACUUUUGAUAGACAUUUCUUGUAAAACUGUUUAGUCCUUACACCUUUGGGGCGGUGGGGGAUGGUAAUUCUUUGACAUGUUUCUAAUUUUGUGUGUUUGGGAUAGGGGUCUGUUCAGGCCCUCUUUCUUUUUAAAUUAAAAAAAAAAAAUUACCAAAGGUAUAUGUAGUUUGCUAAGUGCUAUAAUUUAAAGUAACAAAUAGUUCCACAAGAUGUAGGGCAAACACCCAACCCUAGCCUCACUCCCACCAUUUUCCCCUCUCUGAGACUAUCAUUCUAAUUCUUAGCUAAUUCUUUUGGUGUUAACAUACAUAUAUUAAAAUAGACGCUUGGAACUACUUCUGUAUUUUAAAGUUUAGGCAUUAUCUAUGACUUUCCCUUAGUUAGAAGAAUUUUGUUCUUUAUGAAUUUGUCAAUUUCUGCCACUUUUUGCUAUAUGCAAACUUCCCACUCUUCCAUCCUCCCAAUGUAGCUGUAAUUUUCAUUAGGCCAGCAGUUUUCAAUGUGUGGUCCAGGGAACUUUAUAUGUCCCUGAGACCUUUCUAAGGGAUCUAUGAAGUCAAAACUAUUUUCAUAAUAAUAUAAUAUCUUUUUAAUUUUCUCAGUUUUAAUUUCCCUAGACUUUUAAAAUUUUACCCUAAUUCCUUAGCACAGUACAUGGCUGAGUAGUCAGCACUUAAUAAAUGGUAGUUGAGGAUGUCUGAACUGCCUGCACACCUGCACAGUGUAACACCAGCUCUUCUACCCUUCCAUUGUUUUGGUUUGUUCUUGCAGUUCCAGGAUGAUCACCUCUUACCCAGUACAGCUAUGUAUUUCCAAAGCUACCCUGCACUUUACAUGUAGAGGGGCCCUAAUUGUCAUCAGGGGUGCCGUAAUGGACAUUUGUCAUUUGAAGCUGCCCAAAAUCUUUUGAACACCACCACCCCUCCUCCCUUAGAUUUGGAUAACCUAUAAAUAGUCUCACUUUCCUGAUAUAGAACCCUGAUUCUGUUACAGUUAUAGGGCAUAUAAGAACUAGGUUCCCACGGUUGUAUAUACUUGAGUAAGGCUUGGAUGCAGAUGUGAGCAAUAAGAUAUUGAGCAUUUAGAACUGCUCUGGCCAAUACAGUAGCCUAUUUAAAUUUAACUUAAUUAAAAUUAAAUACAAUUUAAAAUUCAGUUCCUCAGUCACAUUGGUGGACAGCAGAGAUACAGAACAUUCCCAUUAUUGCAGAAAGUUCUGUGGAACGGUGUAGGUCUAGAAGGUGCAGUGGCAGAGAUUGGCUCUUCAUAGCUAAUCCAGAGCAGGAUCCAUGUAAAGCAGCAUGUGGUAGAGGUAGCAGUGGCAGUAGUUUCCCUAGAACAGUCCACAGUGUGGUUGGGUAUUAUUUAUGACUCUGGGGCAUCCAAGUGUAGCUCUCCCACUCUCCUGGAGAUAUUAUGAGCUUCCUCAUAUCCUUUGAUCACAAAUCCCUUACUCCUAUUGUAUUCAAUCAAGGACUCCUGUAGCUUAUAUUAGGCACUUUAUUGUCAGUCAUGAUAUUGGAAAGAGGCACCGUUGAAUAAUCUAAUUUGCCAGUUUUCUGGCUAAGAUUUACCUGUUUCCAAAAUGGAUUUGAUUUCCAUUGCAGAUUCAUCAAUUGGGUGAUUAAAUGAUAUUGAGAUGAACGAGAAUGGCCAUUAAGUAAAAAUUAGUUUGAAGUGUCUCUAAACAGAUAAGAACACACAAUUAGUAGCUGAGGAGAUCGAUAUUUCUCCAGUUUUUGAUCAUCUCUAAUGUCACUCUAUUAGUUUUAGAACUUCCAGAACCCCUUAAGAAAAAAGGAGUCCUGAGCCUCUAUACUGCCCUGAAGAUGGCCUGCCAGGGCCAUAAGAAGUUCCAGGGAUACCUAAAGCAUUGUGAGAAAAGCCAGGAGAAUUUAGGUUGAUCUCAAGGGCUUUGAUGGAGGAUCCCUAGGUUGAUGGAAACUUAAAAGAUUGUACAGACUUUACCUAUCUUCCAAUAUUAUUUAAACCUCUUGUUGAGGUCAUGUUUAGUUACCUCAGCAGUCUCUUCUCAAAGGUCUCUGGGGAUUUCCUCAAAAUGGUGCUUCCGUGACCACAAUUUCCUUGCCACUUAGGUUUUUUUCUAUAGAAAGCAGGGAUUGGGCAUUAAGAGUUUGACAUUUUAGUGAAUGACCUUUCAUGGGAAAGGGUUGAGGUUUCUUCCUAUACUCAAAUUAACUGACAUUUUAAAACAUAAAUCAACUAUUUUACGUGUAUAAUCACACUUCUUUUGCUUGUUUAAGAAGAAGGGCAUUGGACAGAAUAUCAUUAUCCUUUUAAAUUGAUAUGCUGGUUGGAAAUCCCAUUUAUUUGCAAAGUCAGUCUUUUAUGACCUUUUCAUCUGUUAAGUAAGGAUAAUAAUUCCUACCUGGCAGAGUUGUUUUAACAAUUAGAAAUCAUGUAAAUAAAAAGUACUUAGCACAAUUACUGACACAUAGAAGGCUCUCAAGCAGUGGUUACUGUUGUUACUGCUAUCACUACAUCUACUACUAUCAACGCUGCGGUGCCACUUACAGCAAUGUGGGCUCUGUUCUUCAUGGUAGGAGAGAAAGCAAAACACUCAGUGUUGGUACUGCUUAUUUUUCCCUAAUAGGACCCAAGUUUACAUGGUCUGUUAGUUCUUAGGGCAACUCUGAGGUUCGCACAACGUCCUGAUACAACUCCUGUUUAAUUUCUUUUGCUCCUAGAAACAGAUUUUUCUUCACUUUUACUGCUAUAAAAAAACACCUCCUUGAGACUCGGCACUUGUUAGUAUGUGAGUUCACGUUCUCAGCAGCGGCUAAAGAGUUUGUGAAUAAUUUGCCUAUUCUUGACAUUUCGUAUAAAUGGACUUAAUACAGUGACAACAGUGCUGGCAACAUGGCACAGAUGUCCAUGAUUUUAAGAGUCAUCCAUGUUGAAGUCCUUGGUCUAUGUGCCCAUCAUCAGAAAUACCACAAGCUUUAAAACGAGGACCAUGGAUUUUCCUGGACACUUUGAACAGAUCUUCCAGCAACUAAACUACCAGAGACUUCAUGGCCAGCUCUGUGACUGUGUCAUUGUGGUGGGGAAUAGACAUUUUAAAGCCCACCGCUCUGUGCUGGCAGCAUGCAGCACACAUUUCCGAGCCCUGUUCUCAGUGGCAGAGGGAGAUCAGACCAUGAACAUGAUCCAGCUGGAUAGCGAGGUAGUGACAGCAGAGGCCUUUGCUGCACUGAUUGACAUGAUGUAUACUUCCACCCUUAUGCUGGGGGAGAGCAAUGUCAUGGAUGUCUUAUUGGCAGCCUCUCACCUGCAUUUGAACUCUGUUGUUAAGGCAUGUAAACAUUACCUAACGACAAGGACGCUGCCCAUGUCUCCCCCCAGUGAGCGCGUUCAGGAGCAGAGUGCCCGCAUGCAACGCUCCUUUAUGCUACAGCAGCUGGGACUAAGCAUCGUGAGCUCAGCCCUCAGUUCCAGCCAGAGUGGCGAGGAGCAGCCAGCCCCUAUGAGCUCAUCGGUGCGCAAUAACCUAGACCAGCGAACACCCUUUCCGGUGCGACGCCUGCAUAAACGCAAACAGUCUGCAGAGGAGCGGUCCAGACAGCGCCUCCGAGCCCCCAUGGAUGAGUCUGCCAUUUCAGAUGUUACACCAGAGAAUGGGCCAUCGGGGGUUCAUUCUCGAGAGGAGUUCUUUUCACCUGAUUCUUUGAAAAUUGUGGAUAACCCAAAGGCCGAUGGAAUGACUGACAACCAGGAAGACAGUGCCCUCAUGUUUGACCAGUCUUUUGGUGCUCAAGAAGAUGCCCAGGUGCCCAGCCAGUCUGACAACAGUGCCGGCAACAUAGCACAGUUGUCCAUGGCCUCUCGCGCCACUCAGGUUGAGACUGGUUUUGAGCAGGAAGCCACAACUGAGAAAAAUGGUUUUCAGUGUGAAAAUCCUGAGGUUGGCCUUGGUGAGAAGGAGCAUAUGAGAGUGGUGGUUAAAUCCGAACCCCUGAGCUCUCCUGAGCCUCAGGAUGAAGUAAGUGAUGUGACUUCACAAGCCGAAGGCAGUGAAUCUGUGGAAGUGGAAGGAGUUGUGGUCAGUGCUGAGAAGAUAGACCUUAGCCCUGAAAGCAGUGAUCGGAGUUUUUCAGAUCCCCAGUCUAGCACUGACAGGGUAGGUGACAUCCAUAUUUUGGAAGUCACAAAUAACCUAGAACAUAAGUCCACUUUUAGCAUUUCAAAUUUUCUCAACAAGAGCCGAGGAGGUAACUUUAGCGCAAACCAGAACAAUGACGAUAACAUCCCAAACACCACUAGUGACUGCAGGCUGGAGGGUGAGGCCUCUUAUUUGUUGAGCCCAGAGUCGGGGCCUGCGGGCGGACCUUCCUCUGCCCCUGGCUCUCAUGUGGAGAACCCCUUCAGUGAGCCCACAGACUCCCAUUUUGUUAGGCCGAUGCAGGAAGUCAUGGGCCUGCCAUGUGUGCAGACUUCAGGCUACCAAGGAGGAGAACAGUUUGGGAUGGAUUUUUCCAGGUCCGGUUUGGGCCUCCACUCCUCCUUCUCCAGGGUAAUGAUGGGCUCCCCAAGAGGAGGAGCCAGUAACUUUCCAUAUUACCGCCGUAUAGCUCCCAAAAUGCCAGUUGUAACUUCUGUCAGGAGCUCACAGAUUCCAGAAAACUCGGCUAGUUCCCAGCUAAUGAUGAAUGGGGCCACAUCCUCAUUUGAAAAUGGUCAUCCUUCCCAGCCUGGCCCUCCACAGUUGACCAGGGCAUCUGCUGAUGUCCUGUCAAAGUGCAAAAAGGCCUUAUCAGAGCACAACGUCUUGGUUGUAGAGGGAGCUCGUAAGUAUGCCUGCAAAAUCUGCUGCAAGACUUUUCUGACCUUGACAGAUUGCAAGAAGCACAUCCGUGUUCACACAGGUGAAAAACCCUAUGCCUGCUUAAAGUGUGGCAAGAGGUUUAGUCAGUCCAGCCACCUAUAUAAACAUUCAAAGACUACCUGCCUCCGCUGGCAGAGCAGCAACCUCCCCAGCACUUUGCUCUAACCCCAUCCUCUUGAGACAAUGCUGAUGCCCAUUGUAGGUUUGAAACUAAAACCUGUUGGUAGACGGCUAAUGCCAUUGGGUUUGGGGCUUCAGGCUGUCCAAUGGCUCUGCAAAUUUCUAUAGCUAAUAAGUGAAGAUCUAAUAAGUGUAGUAGCGCUUGUGCUGCUACAUUUCCAAGUAUAGCGCACGCUUUGGUAGAGGGAUGCAAUCCCUGAAACCAAACUGUUCCUAAGGGUUAAGUAAUACAGUAAUAAAGUAGUUUGUAAUUUAUGUUGUUUUAAGUGGCACAUUUAAAAAUUAAAAAUUGAAGUGCAAAACAAAUUUUUAAAAAACUUUUGUGAAAUCCUGUGGAGCAUUUAAUUAAGUUUCCUGUACCUUCUGACAGGAAUAUUAUAUACCUGUACAGUGACACAAAAUGCACUUAUGUGUUGUUACCAGUGGCAACUUUGUGCCUAAGAGGAAGGCCCUUGAGGACAAGACUGUCUGCCACAAAUGCUUUAAAAUGUUUCAUGAGCUAGUCCUAGGGCUCAGAAAAUACUGUAUUUUUUAUUUUUGUCUGAUUUGCAGUCAUAGACACUGCACUUUGAUGGUGCUGACACUGAGUCCAGAGUGAGCAUUCUCUUGGACUAUUAGGUUUAUAUACUUUUGAAUACAUCACUGUUGGAUAGAUGUUUUAACAAUUUUUCCUGGUUUUAAAAACAAAGCUGUAAAUGGAGUAUGUAUUUGUAGGGAGUGACAAGUAAGGUAUUGUUUCUUUAUGUGCCGUUUUAGCAGUAUUUUAACCAACUUAUGUUACAGAUGUUACAGUUCCAUGUUUGGAAGUCAAAAGAGAGCUAAUGUUUGUCUUUGUCCUGAUGAUGUGGAAUCCUGUUUUGUGGGCUAUUUCAUGGCACAUUUACCCUUUGCUCCAUCCAGAUGUCGGGGGCGAGUCCAGUCUGACACAUCUCACCUGAGGACAAGCCUGCUCUACGCUUCUUCCUUCACACUCCCAUGCCCCGUGUGGCAUCUUUCCCAGGCUCAGCUGUUUUUAGUUACAAACUAACCAAAAAUAAUGCCAGCUCCUCCCCUGCCAUGGUUCUACUACUUUUAUAUACUAUAAUUUAAAAGUAUAGACCCUAAAUUUUUGUUGUUACUCCCCCCACACAAUACUGAAUGUUUAAAAUUGUCUGGAAUCUAAAUGUCACAGUGUUCAGGAAGAAAUAUUUUCCAGGCUCUGUAAGAGUAGAUUAGGCAGCCCAUGGCAUAGAUGUCACCAAGUGGCAUCUAAGACUCUUAGAACAGCAUUUGGGUCACUGCCCAGGGCCUCUCUGGGCCCCACUGCCUUACUUCCCAGUGCUCCUUCCUGUCUCCUGACACUGUACCAUCAGGGCUCAUGCACUUCCAGGGGAACAGCACAGGUUAAUGUGUCUGUAAACUCAUGAAGUGACUGUUUAAAUCAUGCAUGAACGUGAGUUCCUUUUUUUUUUCUUUAAUAAUAUAAAGCCUUUUAAGAGACACCAAACCAUCAGGCAUAAUUCAGAAUUCUUGGGUUUAGAUAGCUAAGUAUUUGUGUGUAACCUAAAACAAAACUUAGCAUAUGUUUUUUUCUCUUAAUCUAGCGUGUACAGUUACACAUUGUUUGUAGGGCUUAGGAUCUCCUAAGAACUGAUUCCCAGGGAGGAAAGCCAACCAGGAAACCUUUACAAUUCUCCUUUUGAGCACACAAUGGGAAAGAGACCAUUGGAGGAUAUGGAUCACCUGUUAAAUUCAGUCUGUAUGUGGCUAAUUGUUAGCAAUCUUGUUCUGCCUUGAUGUGAGGAAACCACAUCAAAAAUGGUGGGGACCAUUUGUGUCUUGUGAGAUGAUUAACCUUGGCAGUCAGGUGGGUCAGCACGGAGAAGAGAGGCCCUGCCAGGGCCCAGGGAGAGGAACCAGGGACACCAGGAAGAGCAGUUGGCACCCUCCUUCCCUUCUAUCUUGAUGAGGCAGUGCCAGGGCUUAAGUGGACUUUGCUAUUAGAGUCUAUUUCUGAGACAGCUGCUGGAGCCUUGCUUCCACUGCUAGAUGGACCCUGGAUCCUCUCAUCUACCUCUUAGUCAUUCAGUUUCUACAUGUAAGAAGCAAGCUUGCAGGCUAAUGCCUUCGUACCUGUUGUAGCACUUGAAAAAUAAUUCAAAGGUUCACUUGAAAAUCAGUCCCAGGGUUUCUAUGGUCCAGUUUCUACCUGAAUUAUAACUAGUAUUGGGUACCUGAAUUUUGAUUGGUUAGCCUUAAUUACAGCCUGGCAUAAUCAUGUAGAAUCUUUUCUGGUGAUCAAACCAUAAAGUUCUACCAGGGCCUCUGUGUCAGUGGUGCUAUAUUGGUCAAAAUUUGAGAUUUUGAAAUAAAAAAUAUGUCACAUUCAUGCCUCUAA